AUGAAGUCUAAUAGGAAUCCGUAUCGUGGAAUUGAUGAUUUACAAUCAGAAUUUGAUGAGGAAAGUGAUGUGGAAAGAAAGAAGAAGCGAAUGGACUUCAGGGAAAAAGAUUAUCCUGGAGAAGAGCCGAAAAAAGAACGAAAAGAUGGGAAGAAAUGGUUUCAAGAUGAGCAUGGAAGAAUGCAUCGACAAAUGGCAAGGAUGUCAAGUUUGAAUGCUUAUCAAAGACAUAAGGAGAUUAUAAAUUUAUAUUAUUUAUCAUUUCCGGGAUCGACAGAACUGCUAAAACCCAGUACUUCUCACGAAAGAACUGAUCUUGAUGUGCUAAAAGAUAAUCACAAAUUCAUAUGGGAUGAAGAAGAUUUGGCGAAUUCGGAGAAAUCUUGGGAAACAAGAAUGGCCAAGAGGUAUUAUGACAAAUUAUUUAAGGGUUGGUUAAAUAACAUUUUUUUUCAUUUUUAAAAAAUAAAAAUCAAUAAUUUUUGUUGCAGAAUACUGUAUUGUUGAUCUCUCUCUAUAUAAAAACAACAAAAUUGCGAUGCGUUGGCGAACGGAAAAAGAAGUGAAAGAUGGAAAAGGUCAAUUCAUUUGUGGCGCUCGAAAAUGCGAAAUUCAAAAACAUCUGAAAAGCUGGGAGGUGAAUUUCGCGUAUGUGGAAAAUGGAGUGAAGAAGAACACGUUGGUCAAAGUUAGACUAUGUGAGGGUUGUUCGGAGAAGCUUAAUUAUGGCACGAAGAAGCGAGAGGUUGAGAAGAAAAAGAAGAUUUUAAGGAAGUGGGAGAAGAAUCGUCAUGAGAAAUCAGAAAAGAACGAAAAAAUCGAUAAUUUGUUGGUUUCUGAGGAAAAAUUGGAAAAACCAGCGGGUAGGUCAAUUUGUAUCACAUUUCGCGAAAAAAAAAAUUUGAAAAUUUUCAGAAUCCACGUCAUCUGCAUCUGCGAAAUCGUCCACUGAAAUUUGGGAAGCUCCGAUUGAAAAAGAGGUUGAGAAAAGUGUCGAUGAUGAUAUUGAUGAUUUUUUGGAUGAUCUUUUUCAAUAA